CCAAUCGCCGCUGUCUCGAUUCUUAUUUCCUGGGUCCUCGGCGUUUCUCGUCCUCCGAACUCAGUCUAUUUUCACGAGUCACAGCAACUACCCGUUACGUUUCACUCUACGUACGACCAACUGAAGCCGCCUGCGCCCCGUCGUGUGUCGGACUCCGAGGACUUCGCCACCGGCUCAUCAUCGUGGUACGGACUGCGGAACGCAGUCAGACGACAAUUGUUGCCGCCAAUUGCCCCAAAGAUGAAGCUGGUCGACAACGUCGUGCGCAGCUUCAAGGUUGCUAAGGUGUUCCGCGAGAACACCGACAAGAUCAACAGCUUUGAUUUUUCGCCUGCCGGUGAUUACAUCAUAUCAUGCAGCGAAGACGACCAGAUCGUCAUAUACGACAGUCAGAAGGGCGAACUGUCAAAGACCAUUAACAGCAAGAAAUAUGGCGUCGAUCUCAUACAUUUUGCGCACACCAAGACGACUGCUAUACACAGUUCGACCAAAGUUGACGAUACUAUCAGAUACUUAUCAUUGCAUGAUAAUAAGUACAUCCGCUACUUUAGUGGACAUGGCAAAAAAGUUGUGUCAUUGUGUGUGUCCCCUAUUGAGGAUAUGUUUGUAUCUGGAUCAUUGGACAAAAGUCUCAGAUUGUGGGAUUUGAGGUCGCCAAAUUGUCAAGGUUAUAUCAAUGUUAUGGGAAGACCAGUGGCAGCUUUUGAUCCAGAAGGCUUGGUGUUGGCUGCUGGCAUUAAUUCUGAAACGCUCAAACUGUUUGAUGUUAGAUCAUUUGACAAAGGGCCAUUCAUUACUGUUAAGCUUCCUCAGGAGAAAGAAUGUGACUGGACUGACCUCAAAUUUAGUCAGGAUGGCCGUACCAUACUCAUCCCUACUAAUGGAUCUUUGAUUAGAUUGAUAAAUGCAUUUAAUGGUACACCAAUUCAGACAUUUACUGGUCACUUGAAUAAUAAAGGCAUUCCAAUCGAAGCAUCAUUCAGUCCAGAUUCUCAAUACAUAUUCAGUGGUUCAACUGAUGGUCGUAUUCAUGUAUGGAACGCAGUUACUGGCUAUAAAGUUUGCGUUCUCAAUGGAGAUCAUCCAGGCCCAGUUCAUUGUGUUAAAUUUAAUCCUAAAUUCAUGAUGAUGGCCUCUGCUUGCACAAAUAUGGCAUUUUGGUUACCUACAGUUGAUGAUAAAGCCAAUUAGUCAAAUAUUAAUUUUAUGUGUGUGCAACUUACAUUACCUAAGUACAAAUGUACUUAUUUAAGUCAAAACAUUUUAAUUAUUGAUUUUCCUAUAAUUU